UAUGACAUAAACAUUCGAUUAUUUCGCUGUUUCAAAAAUAAACCUCCAACUUACAAUAAAGCGACAACUUAUCGUUUGUAAUCGGAACUCUAUCGUAAAAGUACUAUGUUUAGAAACAUUAUAUGCGGUUUCAUCCACGUUUCAGCGGGAAACGUGGCAAGUUUGGCGUAGCGGAAGCUGAGUGAUUAUUCGUCUGACAUUCGAUGAAGCCAAUCAAUAAAAUUUCAAUAUUUCAGCCGAAUUUUCUUGCCGAUUCAUACGUAUUUUGUGGCGUAUUUGUGGCCAGUUUGAAAGUAUUGCUUCUUAGGAAUACUUCGCAUGAGUUUGGACUUGUUUAAGGGAGGAAAGCCAACAUAAAACAAUAAAUUUUUACCGAAACCGGAAAAAAUACUUGAAAUCACCUGACGUGUGUAUAGCUCAGCAUGAAUGUCAAUGUUGCGUCAUAUUGUAUUGUGUAUAAAUACAACUCGGUUUGUACUUCCUAAUUUAGUGUCACCAAAAACGUGGCUUUUGUGUGUUGGGUGAACUAUACGGAAUAUUUUGGCCAGUAAGCCUAGUUUUCCUCAAAGGAUGGCAGAUUCAAAGCAAAAGGGAGAAGUUUUAAGUGAAAUUCAGACACCGAGUGUUAUAAUAACUCCGGCUGAAUCAAGUCAUGUUAGUUCGUCUACAAGCGAAGACGAACACGACAACCAUUAUAUGGCCUCUAAUGGAAGUCUUAUCGAGUCUCAUUCGGAAAAUGAAUUCACAAAGGCAAGCACGAGCCCUUAUCAACCGCCGAGCGACGAAAUAAAAGCGAAGAUUAAAACGCAAGUGGAGUUCUACAUGAGCGACGAGAAUUUGACGAAGGAUGCGUUCCUUUUAAAACAUGUCCGCCGUCACAAAGAGGGCUUCGUGAAUUUAAAGUUGAUAACUUCGUUUAAAAAAGUUAAAAACAUUACGAAAGACUACAGAGUUGUCGCAGAGAGUAUUAAAGAUUCAGAACUGUUAGUUAUGAACUCUGAGGGAACUAAAAUUCGUCGUAAGAAAGCGUUAGAUCGAGAGUUGGGUGAGCGAAAUCCUGGUCGAACUGUCGUUGCAACAAAACUACCGUUGCAAGAGCCUAGUAUCGAAAAAGUAGCGGAAAUAUUCUCAAAGUAUGGGCCAAUUUCUGUCGUUCGUAUCAUAAGGAACGGUAAGAAUGUCCCUCCCGAAUGCAAACAGCAUUUCGCCAGUCAUCCGGAACUUGGCAAGGAGGUGUGUGCGAUUGUUGAAUUCGAGACAAUGGCCGCUGCAGCGAGGGCGUGUGCUGAGUUGAAAAAUGAUGGGGGUGAUAUGAAAGUCACUGAACUUCUUCGCGGCUCGAGUAAGAAUAACAAAAGCAAAAAAGAUAAGGAGAACCUGCCUGAUACCGCAGACUCAGAUCAUGUUAAGAACUCGGACGAGGAGAAAACGGGAAAACGUCGCCGCAAGAAAAAGAAGGGUAACUGCGACAAAAGAGUAGUCGAGCUCGUUAAAGGAUCUGGAGAUGAAGGUCACACAAGUUCAUCGGAUAACGAGAAUAAUACCUACUCCUCGUUUAGUAGCUACAGGAAACGAUAUUCGGGUUCCUCGGAUGGUCAUAGUCCACGGUUAAGGCGAACCAAUCAGAGAGCAUCGCCUGGCGUGAGCAGCUCCAGUCCUGGAACCAGCCCUGAGAUGCGAAGACGCAACCCUGAUGCAUCGUGGAGACAGAGUCCGGGGUACUCGUCAGACAACAGUAGCCCUACCCGUAGCCCUGCCAUGCAGCGAAGGUUCACAUCCCAAGGACAAAGCCCAUUGGCUGCAAAUGCCGACCACAAAAUGACCCAAUCCUUAGGAGUGUUACGACAGCCAAAAGGACCUGACGGCACUCGUGGCUUUACCGUGGCUGGUCGAGGACGUAUGGUUGGUGUUAGUGCUUGAAAUGAACAAUAGUUUAUUGUAUAUAUAAUGUAUCAUUUUCAAAGUAAUAUUUAUUCAUGAUAAAUUAGUUGUUGUUAAAAAAAUCAAUAGUUAGGGCUUAAUUUACAGUUGGAACACCGAGAGUAGCACAGUAGGCCCAACCCUUGGGUUUCUGCAAAGAUAGAAGUCUUAAUAUUUAUUCUCAUAUAAUGUAAGAUAACAGAAAGUGUGUACAUAGAGAAUAUGACAAAUAUUUGAAAGAAAUAUAUAUUGGAAUAUGUUGUUGUAGUAAAUGCAUGAAAAAUGUUGUUGUAAAUAUAAAUAUUUUUGAAAUCUUUAAUUAUAUAUGCAUCUUGAAAUAAGUGUUGUUUGUGUAAGUAAUUUUAAGGCUGGUCCACACUACCGUAAACCUCCGACUAUAAGCCCCCCCCCCCAAUAUAAGCCCCCCCCCGUGUAUAAGCCCACCACAUGUACUAACGCUCACCUCAUUCCAAGUAUAAGCCCUCCCGAAUAUAAGCCCUCCCAGAUAUAAGCCCACUUGUUUAUCACUAUUUUUGCUAUGCUUGUUUAACAC